UUUUAAAUUCAAUUCUGUGUACCCAAAAAAUUAAAAUGGAGGAAAUAUAAACAUAACGUGAUUUUUAAAAUUCAUUUAAUAAAUGAAGGCACGCAGAAGUGAAAGUAUACAAAGUUCAAUCUUGAUUUGAAGAAAAAUUACAAUGCCAAGCGCAGGGGGUGGUUCGGUAAAUUCCGGAACACCAAGACGAAAUUCCACCAAAAACAAACCUCCAAUAGAAUCUGAUGAUCCGCCACUUGUUCUUCCUCCUCACAGUAGGCCUGAAAGUCCCGACAGUCGAGUGUCGUCUGCUCGCAGCAGACGGACAGAUCCCGCUGGUCUUAUCACAGAUUUAACUCGCUUAAAAGAAAUCACACAUGAUGAAAGAAUCCAAAGCCCCGCAUACAGAAAACUUUUGGGUGAUUUUGGUUCCGAAGAACUUCCACAAACUGAUUUUAAUGUUGAACAAGAAGGACUUGAACCAAGAGACACUGUGUUCUUUGGGGGUGAUAUUGAGGGUCAGAUUAAGGAAGCUGAUGAUGAAAUUGAGGACAUUGAGGACGAUCUGGAUGAGGAGUUCGGGGAGGACCUCGAUAACAUCUCCUCCAUUGGUUCAGACGAGGAGGCGCGCGCAGCAGAGUAUGACACAGAUCUGGAAGUGGACGCCGAUAAAUUGAUCUUCCCAGAGAAGUACGAUCAUGACACUACUGGAAAAUCUGUAUAUCUAAAGAAAUGUGAAGAAAUUGGUGUUCAGCCCAUUACGUAUUUUAUAAACCACAUGCAAGACACUCAACUUGUUAUGAAGCAUCACAGUCUUGGUCCCCAAGGAAUGAAAGCCAUUGCCAAACCACUAGAGGUUAAUACAGUCAUAGAGAAAAUUGACCUUGAAGGGAAUUACAUCCUGGGAGAAGGCGCCAUUUACCUGACGAAGGUCCUCAGGGAGAACGUUUACGUCACAGAACUGAUUUUAUGUGAUAACAAAAUCGGCAACGAUGGAGCGCAAGCAUUGUGUGAACUUUUGUCCGAAAAUAAGACAAUCAUUCACUUGAACUUAACAGGAAAUGAUAUCGAGGAUUCUGCCGCUGAAGCGUUCUAUGAAAUGUUAACGAGAAAUGCCUCGAUCAAGACACUAAUGCUUCGCCACAAUAAGUUUGAAGAUGUUGGAGCCCAAUGGUUUCACGAUUCCAUGAAUGAAAAUGUCACAUUAGAGACUUUAGAUUUAAGUUUUAAUCGAUUCCAAAACAAAGGUUGUGUUCUUCUUGCACAAGCUCUCAAGGACAAUGUUGGGCUGAAAUAUCUAGACAUUAGUAUGAAUGGUUUUGGUCUAGAGGGCGCUCGAGCUCUAGAGGGCGCUUUGAAGGAAAAUAAGUACCUUACAGAUCUGAAUAUUAGUUACUGUCGGAUCCCGGACGAGGCUGCAGUUCAUAUUGCUGGUGGUCUACAGCAUAACGACACCCUGGAAAAACUGAACAUUGGGUAUAAUCCCCUCCAAGAAGAUGGAGCGGAGAAAAUUUUGACAGCUGUUCAUGUAAACCAAAGCAGUGUUUUGAAACUCUUAGACUUUGGUAUCCUCAUGGUGAAAAAAUCGUUCAAAGAGCUUGAGGGACAGUUGGCGGAGGAGAGGGGUCUGAAAACGAUCUAUGGUGGGGUUUUACCUGACUGCCCACGCACGAAACUCAGAGGGGAAAUCGACGCCUUGAAAAUGUUUAUGAGAGAUCCUAUGGCCAAGCUAAAAGCCUACGUAGAAAAAGAGGGGUACCGAAUGGUGGAUCUUUUGAAAUCUUUCGAUAGAGAUCAGAGUUUUACUAUUUCAUUGGAGGAAUUGAAGGAGGGUGUUAGGAGGUGUAAUAUUGAUCUUACUGACCCCGAAAUCUCCAAGCUAAUGAAACAACUGGACAAGGAUGGCAAUGGUGAAAUAGACUUCAGUGAGCUUCUUCAAGGAAACGAUGAGUUAAUUUUGAAGAAAAGAGCAGUGAAGAAAUUCAUGCAGGCAAACGACCAAAAGAAAUCAUUGGAAGAAACUCAUGCUGAAUCCAAAGCCGAACCGAAAUCUUAUAUGUCCAUGUUGGAUAGCUAGUCAUCUUACAGAAGAUUUUCGAUGAAACAUACUUUCUUUAAGUUCUGUCAAGAAAAAUGCAGGAUCGAAUAUUCAGAAUCCGAGAGAAUGAAAUAUUUACUCUUCACAUAAACAUUGCAUAAGCAGAUUUUGAUAUUUGCAGGAAAUGAAAUCUUUAAAAAAUGUUAAUUUCUUUGAUAAAAAAAAACCAAGCAGAUGAAACGUUUACUGUGGAGAGUAGAGAGGCGGGAAGAAUUAAUUUGGCAAAUUCUAGAUAUAGUCAAAACUUAAUUUUCCAGAAAUCUGGGUCACUGCUUUAUACAGUGUCUUUAAUUAUGCAUAUUUUUUAGCAGCAUAAAAUAGUUACCUUAAUAUUUCAUUUUGUUUAUAUACAUAACUCAUUACAGUAUUUAUCCUUGUAUUGGUGUUGAACAAGGUGUGCCAUUGUGCCAUUUUGUUUUUGUUGCAUUUUGUACAUAGUGAUAUUCUUCUGUGAUAUAGUAUGAGCGAUGCAAUGUGAUGAUUAUAUCAAAUGAUCAUAACUGUUUGUGUAUGCAAAUAAGUUGUAAAUUAUCUUACUUUGAAUUAAACAAAUCAUUUGACUUAAAUCUCAAUGUUAAUUGAGAAAUACAUGUAAAUACUAGAACUGAUUCUUUAUAUUCUUCAUGAAUAUUUGAAUUUGGUUUCCCAUUUGCUCAAGCGUAUAGAAAUUGCUAAACAAUAUUUAAAUAAAUCUGA